UCAUGGUCUUGUAUGAUAAGCAGGCCAGUCUUUAGGAAUGGGCAGUGCCAUACAGCUAACACUUGUUGAGUAGACUGAGAUCUGAACUGAGCACGGAGCUAACGCUUCCAGAGCACAAUACAUCUUCAAGCCCCUCUGGAGAGAGAGAGUCAGUCACUACGGUGCACAAUUGGCGCAGCCAAGGAGACGUGAGAAAAACUUUCAGCCAAAUCUUCGAUUCGGAGAGAGGGAGAAAAGGGCAGACGCACAAAAGCAUUCUUGGCUUUCAAGAAAAACAAUAACUUCGGCAAAAUCAUUUUCAUCAAAACGGCCUACAAAAUCAAGAAGAUAGGCGUAACAGAACAGCGUCAGCAUCGAGAACCAACAACAGUUAUUCAGCAUUUAGAAUUUUAAAUCUCAUAAGACGUGGAUUGAAUUCUGAAGGAACAGUGACUUAUAAUUAACGUACGCAGAAAUAAUCAAGAUGAAAACGGAGAUGCAACUCGUGUGGGCAUUUGUUUCAUGUGGGCUCUUGAUUCAUUGCACUUCUGGUGAAAAUCAAACUACUGCUGGCCCAUCCACUACUGGUAACACUAAAACCACUAGUCAGCUUGCCACUGAGCCUACUGGUGGCCCUACCACUGGAAAUGCUUUUAAAUCUACAUCCACGGUUUAUUCUGCCACUGGCUCUACUGGUAACCUUACUGGUAUCGCUACUACGCCUGUUAAUUUUGGCACUACUGGCACCCCUACCCCUGUCCCUUAUGGUACUGCUAUCCAUUUACAAACUACGACUUUCCUUCCUGUUACCCCUGGCUCUGCUGGUGCCCCUACCGCUGGCUAUACUGAUAGCCCUACCACUGACCCUGGUAAACCUACCACUGGUUCUCCUGGUAAACCUACCACUGGUCUUACUGGUGAUGCUAUCAAUGGCUCUACUGUUGAGCCUACUAUUGGCCCAACUAGUCAUCCUGUUCAUAGCACUACAAGUGACUCUACUUCUGGUCCUAAUGGUGGUGCUGCAGGCAUGAGCAAGGAACAAUCCACAACUGAGCCUGAAAAUUCAGGAGCUACAACCUGGAACAAGACCACUCCUUCAAACGAUGUUUCGACUCCAGCUGUACUGGUCACCACAACAAACACAAUAACCGUCAAACCAGCAUUUAACUUUUUUAUGUCCAAAGGAGCAAAGGAUCAUGAGAAACCAAACCUGAGCAAGCUGUGUGAGUGGCUGAUGGAGAACAUGCUGGAAGCGACCUGCAACCUGACAGUCCGAGAGCAUGGCAGCAAAACAGAGUUUGACAGCAUAAUGUUAAUUGGCAAAGGGAAUCCUACAUUAGCUCGUCGCUACCAUGAGAAAUUGGUUGGGACAAACAUUGAGAUAUCCGAGGACAAAACGACCCUCAUCGCCAUUCUAGCAUUCUGUGGAGCCCUGCUGGCCAUAAUAGUGGGCUUAGCUAUUUAUGCCUCCCGCCAACGCAAACCCUACUGUGAGAACCAGCAACACUUGACAGAGGAGCUGCAGACGGUGGAGAACGGUUACCACGACAACCCCACGCUAGAAGUGAUGGAGGUCCAGCCGGAGAUGCAGGAGAAGAAGAUGGCCCUGAACGGAGAGUUCAACGACAGCUGGAUCGUUCCCAUCGACAACCUUCUGAAAGAUGACAUUCCUGAUGAGGAGGACACACACCUGUGAGGUGGGAUGAGGCGGGGGUGGAGGGAGGUUCCAAACCCUUACCGAGUCCCUCCCUCUCCUCUGACUGACCACCAAAUGCUUCAUCACACUCUGCUCCAUGGAGAAGAUAUUGGGCUCAAGAUAAACGUUUCAUAGAACAGAAGGUUGAGUGAUAAGUUAUAGAGACAGGUCAGUUCUAUGAAUGUGUUUCUUUUCCAUACUGUAUGACACCUGGGUGUUGUGGCAACAUCACAAAUCAGAUCAAACGAAACAGAAAAAACACCACUGUUGGUUACCAAGGAAAUUAAACUACCAAUUCGUAAAGAGCCAAUAACUGCUGUGUCCAGUUUUACCCAAGAUGUAUCUUAAGAACCGCGACAACCAUUUCCAGAGUGCCUGUUAUUUGAGGAACUUGACCAAGAGUCACACCAAGACUUUAGAUCUACUGUAUACCCGGAUGAAUACCAAGCACCUAAAAUGUUCUUUCAGGGGGUUUUAAGGUUUCUAACUCUCACUACACUACACUGAUCAAUAAUCAUUUAUUGAUUUGUACACUUGAGCAUCUGUACAUAAAGUAUUUUUGACAUGUUUGGGAAAAAAAGACAUUUGGAUAGAUCACAGAACUAAACUUAAGUAAUUGUACUAGGAUUGAGCUGUAAAAUUUCUACAGCUCCGUAGUGACUUAGACAGAUGACCUCAGGAUAAUUAUCCUUGCAAAUGCGACCACUACAUUUUAGCUGUGGUGAGCCAGUACAGGCAUCCUCACAGAAGGCAAUGCUGGUACAACUGUAUCCUGAAGUAUGCUAGCAAACCAGCAGGUUCAUAGAGACCAAGCUUAUGAAAGCUAAAAGCUUCCAGAGAAAUGAAGGGAAAAACACUGUAAAUGUUAUUUUGUGUUUGUUUUUUUGUGUUACAAGUACACAAGAGGAGGCUUAGCAUUAUACUGUAGGCCACCCCACGGUAUAGGCCUGUGCACAUUAUAAAAUAUGAUAUUGUUUGUUUUGUUUUCAGUCAACUGUAUCAUGUAAAAUGUUCUGAAAUGUAUCUAAUCACAAUCACAUGCUAUUCACACUUCGUAAAUUAUAUUUGAUCACCUUAAUGAAGUUAACCAAACAAAUCAACACAUUUGCCACUUCUGUUGUAGUCUCACCUCUUUUAGGGUAUUUUUGUCCUUUUCACCAAAGUUCUUAGCGGUAUUGGACAUAUUUAUGGUUUGUUUUGCUGACAAAGCCAAACAGGGGUCUGACACACUGGAAGCUGAGCUUGGUAAUGGUCACUAUGGUAUCCUGACCAGGAUAGCCAUAUCUUCUCAUACCAAUAAAGAUUUUUUUUAUCUGCACUAUACAAAUCUUGUCUAGAAUCCCAAGCGGUCCUGCAAAUGCCCAAAGCAAUCACAGUACUCAUUACUAUAUAUGGUAUAGUAUAAAAUAUAGUCUUAGUUAUUCUCCAAUAAGAAAAUAACAAAAUAUUACUGACACUACACGAAAGGACCCGACAAAUUAAAGAACAGAUUAAGAAAACCUGAACAAAAUACAAUCUUUAUUCAUUAUAUACAUUACAUACAAUGCAAUUCUACAAUAGGCUUUCUACACAUUCACGUAAAUCCAGAGUAGUGUUCACCAGCACAAGAGUAUCUGCAUACUCCUGAUUUUCAGCCAGGGGUAGAAGAGGAAGAGGGGGUGCAUGAAGAAUGGAGGGAGAUGAAAAAAUAACAUUACAUAUACACAAUUUUGACUAUUUACCCUGAAGAGAGAGAGCUACAGAAAAUGUAUUUGGCAUUGUUUUACAAACAAGGUGCUUUAAUUUUGUUCUUUGUUUAAACACGUUUCUUAAAUUUAAUAAAACCCUGGCACAAAUCAACCCUAGUACAACUACAAUGGAAAAAAGCCCUGAAUCCAGUGGAAAAUCAUGCAUGAAUAAUUUCCUUGUGAAGUAACGGUUUAUUGCCCUGGGUGGUAUCGCUCCACUUUCAGUAUAUCUAUAUCAACUCUUUAAAAAGCUGUCUGCCUACCUCUAUGAAAGCAGCAGAAGUACGCACAGACAAUGCAAAAUGGACACAAUGCAAAAUGCAUUCUUCGAACAUGUGCACACAAAAAAGUCGGAUUUAUUCAUUCCACUCAAGUCUAUAUAGGGAACUAAUUCGGAGUAUGGCAACAAGGGAUUAAAUUACGUCUUUACCAAAUCUGACAUUUGUUCAGACAUCGCAGAGCAGGUUCUCCGUCGCUCUCUCUCCAACAUUGUUUGAUUACACGCUUUCACUUCAAAUAAAGGUUAGAAGAGCCUGGGCACAAAAUGUGUUUACAUCACCUGUGAAGCCCUCUAUCGCUAGGCAAAAUAGUAAGAGAACACAACAGACCAGCUCAGAAGUACACAGAGUAAAAAAUAAAA